AUGGAUUCAACACGGAAGUCGUCUGCUGAUUUCGCAGCUUCAGUGAAACAUGACGAGGUUGCCGAGGAUGGAUUGAAGAAGUCCGACGCAGCUUGUGAUGCCCAGACUAUGGGCCAGGGAACCAGUGGGUACGAACACCUGGGAAUCCUUGAAACCAUCAAAACAUUCAAGAUCUGCACUCUCGUGUGCUUUGCAAUGGCCUUCAGUGCGGCGUGCGAUGGAUACCAGAUUGGAAUCAAUGCCAGCAUCAUUGCCAAUUCUGGCUUUGUGCACCGUUUUGCCACAAGCGUUGGUAAGACGGGAGAGCCUGCCCUCGAAUCACCUAUACUCAGUGGCUGGAGCUCGAUCAUGUCCUGCGGCCAAAUUGUUGGGAUGACGACAAUUCCAUUUCUGUCUAGCAGAUAUGGCAGAAAGAUUGCUAUGUUUGCCUUCUGGGUCGUUCUAGUGGCCAGCGUGCUUGCCGAGAGCCUCGCGAGGUCAUGGCAAGUCUGGCUGGUGGGCAAGCUUCUGGCUGGGAUUGGAGUGGGAUGCCUGCAAUCAACCAUACCGACUUAUAUCUCGGAAGUGGCACCUGUUCGAGUCCGUGGAGGGUUAUUGAUGUGUUACAGCUUCUGGUGGUCCCUGGGUUCAUUUUUCGCUCAGAUCGCUCUCCAACACUUGUCCGUAUCUGACCCGACUGAUUACUUGACCCCCAUUUACACCCAGUGGGCUCAGAUAGGGCUGAUGUUUUUGAUCUACAUCUUUGUCCCAGAAUCUCCUGCUUGGUGCGUGAAUGCUGGCAAGGUUGAUCGAGCCAAGCGGGAACUCCUGAAGCUCAAUCGGGGGGUACCGGACUACGACUUGGAGCGUCAAUAUCAAAUCUUGGCUAUGGCUAUUGAGCAUGAAAACGCAGUUGCGGCUGAGCAGCGUCAAGAGCACUGGUACGGUAUUUUCCAGGGUACUAAUGGACUUCGCACCGUGAUAUCCUGCUGGACCAACCUCACUCAGCAGUUGAUUGGUCUCAGCCUCUUUGGCACAUUUGGGACAUAUUUCUUCCAGCAGGCUGGAUUAGCCGAUCCUUUCAAAAUUAAGGUAAUCACGACUUCGAUUCAAAUUGCAACAGUCCUCUUCAUUAUCACAAUUGCCGACCGUGUCGGAAGAAGACUACUCGCUUGCUCGGGAACUACACUCUGCUGGGUGUCAUGCGUGGCGAUCGGUAUCAUUGGGGUUUGCCCUCAGGUGAAAGCAUCGACAUAUGUUUUUAUUCUUUUCGCCUGCUUAUGGAAUUGCGGAUUGGCUACCAACGGCGCGACUGGCUGGGGUUAUAUUGGAGAGAUAUCAUCCCAGCGCCUACGGCCUUAUACUGCUGGCUUUGGAGCGGCUGUAACUUGUGUCGCCGGCGUUGUGAUGAACGUCCUUGUUCCAUACAUGACAAACGCCAACAAAUGGAACUGGAACUUGAAGACAGGCUGGUUCUAUGCCGGCAUCGGGCUUCCUUUUGUUGUUGGCAUGUGGUUGCUCAUUCCUGAAACUGCUGGACGGUCUGCUGCUGAAUUGGAUGAAUUAUUCGAGCGGAAGAUCAAGCCCUGGCGAUUCCACAAGACUGAAACAGCUACCCAGCGUCUUGUUCAAUUCAAUCAAUUGGAGGCAGAAGUACGAGAGACAAAGUGA